AUGAGAGAGGGAGAGACAGAGCGAGACAGUGAGAGAGACAGCGGGUGGGAAAGAGUGAGGUCGAGAAGGGAGAGAAGAGAGAAUGAGAGGACGAGAGGUAUGAAGGGUCCGUGUCUGUCUAUCGUCAGGGAAAGGAAAGGAGGUCAACAACGCCGCAUGCGAGUCAACUGGAGAGAUCAUCGGAAUAUAUCAUCGUUUUACUUCACACGUUUUCCUGAAGACGCAACAGAGGAUGAGCUAUGGAAGAUAUUCAGAAGAGCGGGUGAUGUCAGGGAGGUGUUUAUCUCCAACAAGAGGAAUAGGAACGGAAGAAGGUAUGGAUUUGUGAGAUUCAUUGGAGUGGAUAACGUCCAACAGUUGGAAAGGAGAUUGGAUAACAUAGUUCUGGGGGGAUUAAAGUUAUAUGUUAACAUCCCUAAAUAUGAAAGAGGUAGGGGUCGAGUGCAACCACAAUCAACAGGGGGACGAGACCAUACCAGACAUGUCGAACAGGGGCGCAGAGAAACUUACCAGGCACAGAAGCACACAGCGAUGCCGGGCCAGAUACGCGGAUCCUUUGCAGAUGUGGUAGCUAGGAGAGAACCACGUAUACAGCAAAGGAGGACAUCAAUAGUUCAGAAUGCUAAAACCAACACUUCGAGAUCAAAAGUACAUCUUGACAGUCCUAUGACAGCACCGAAGUGGCUACAGGAUGCAUGGGUGGGAAUGCUAAAAAAUCUUGCACUCCUUGACAGAGUAGAGGAGAAUAUGCUCUGGGACUGGGGAUUAGACGUAGUGCCGAAAUACAUCGGCGACAACAUGGUACUUCUCCCCAGCCUUACCGAAGACAAGGCAAAACAAAUGGUGGAGGAUGGGACUGCAGGAAGGGAGGUGAUGUUUUAUUUGGUGGAAAGGUGGAACAGGAAGAUGCGUGCUGGUUCUAGACUUACAUGGGUGCAAUGUUGGGGAGUGCCGUUGGUAGCAUGGGACUCAACACACAUAAGGGAGAUCGUGACGGCCAUAGGCGAGGUAGUGGAAGUAGACGAGGAGAUGGAGGAUUUGAGGAAGAUGGACAGGGCAAGGCUCCUUGUAAGAACACCGUGGAAACCACUGAUUCAGCACACGGUGAGCGUCCAUAUUGAAACGGAGGUGUUCCAGGUACACAUAAUAGAGGAAAGUGGAAGCAGUCCCAAUUGGUGCCAUGCCGGCGGAGCGCGAUGCUUAGUUCAUUGGAGGACAUUUGCUCGGAGGAAAGCGAGAUGGGUUCGUUAUCGGAACUGA